CAAUCGCGGCCUCGAGCUAGCCGCCGGAGCCGUUCCCGGACGGGCACCCCCGGCGCUCGGCGGUCGUGUCUGGACUGAGCGCCGCGACGCGGCUGCCGGCCCCGAAAUCCUCCAGGAUCUUCAGGCGUAUGGAACCUCAAGAUCUUUAUGAUAAUGGAAACCAAAAAGUUGAUUGGUAAACCACUUCAACCAGCAAGACCUGUUCGUCAUCUGAGUUCUCCCCCUGGAGCAGUAUUCCCUUUCAACUUUCAGAAUGAAUAUCCAUGCAACACCCAGUACUUACAAAGUGGAGUUAGCAGAUGUAAGACGAAUGGAAUGCAAGCCUUUUCUCAAGGUCUUAAUGAACAACAACAUCAUUCUCCAGUUAAAAAAGAGAGAAUCAAAUACAGCAGAGAUUUCCUGUUGAAGCUCUCAAGUGUUUCCAUCUGCAGAAAAAAACCAGACUUUCUGCCUGAUCACCCCAUUGUACUUCAAAAACCAGAAAACAACCAAAGCUUUAAGUAGCAUUUUAAGAACAUAUGUAUUUGAAGAUAAAGAAUUAUUCAUUUUCUAUUUUGGACACCUGCAAAUGAAGUGGAUCUAGUAACAAUAACUGUAAUGACUGUGCCAAUUCAAUUUAUUUUUAAUUUCAAUGGUUGGGUAUUUGGUUUCUCCUAAAAUGAGAAAGAGAUUUAAACCUUAAAAAUUUUCUAAUCAGUUUCAGCUUUGUAGGCAGUUUCCUGCAUAAAUUGGGAAGUAACACUGAAAAGUAAGAAUUUGGUUAGUGAAAUGGGAAGACUGUGUAUUUAUAAUUUGAAUGCUACUUGCAAUUUUUUGUUUUUCAUCACUUGUAAUAAUGGAAUGGAAAUGUAAGCUGUAAAGAUUCACAAAUAUAAAGUAUUUGCUACGAUGUAUAUUUGAUACAUAAUUUCUUGUUGCUUUAAAGUUGCUUUUGUUUUGUUUCCCACUGAUUUCAUACUAGCACUUGAAAGGAUCUUUACAAUCUCCAUAGAGGCUUAGAAUAAUUCAGGAUGUUCAAUGAACAGUUCUCAAUGACAGGAGGUAGAAUAUUAUAAGAGGUAUUUCUUUUCAAAUAUAUGAUUGAUCUCUAGGUUUGUGAUAAUAACAACAUUGUCUAAGAUUCUUUUAUUUCCAAAAGAGGAAUAAUUGAGGCAUUUGCAAAUAAUUGAGGUGCAUUAAAUUUCAAUUCUGUAAUUUCUUAUAGCAAGAAUAUGUACGGAUGAAGAAUCUGGGGGUUUAAACUUUUAGCUCCUAG